AUGUCAAGUAUUGAAAAUUAUAAUCUAGAACUUCCUAGUCGAGGAUGGGAGCUAUGGAUGGUCAGCACCUCAAUGGUUGUUGUGGCCGGUGUCUUUGUCGUCGCUCGGUUAGCAGGGAGAUACGUGAAGGGAGAAUUCAGGAUCGACGAUUAUACAAUCUUUGCUGCCUUGCUCAACUCUGUCGUUCUCACAGUCGCGGAAAACAUGGCCGUCUCUAAUGGGUACGGGAGACAUGCCAUAGAUUUGACUGAAAAAGAAAUAAUUAUGUCCCUGAAGUGGUUUUAUGUUGCGCAAGUCUUCUACAAAAUCGUCAUUACCCUGACCAAGAUGUCCAUUCUUUUCCUCUACCUGCGAAUCUUCUAUAUUGAGGCCUACUUUCGCUGGGCCUGUACUGCUCUCAAUGUCUUCAUAGCAGCAUGCGGCACCGCGUUUGUGCUCGCAACGAUUUGGCAAUGCCAUCCCAUGGCUGCAUUCUGGGACAAGUCUAUUCCCGCCUAUCGCUGCGCAGACAACCAUGCUUUCUGGCUCUCAUAUUCCGUUAUCAAUAUCAUCACGGAUAUCUUGAUAUUAAUUCUUCCCUUGCAAGAAGUCCUGCGGCUCCAGCUCCGCUGCCGAGAUAAGUUUGCGCUGGUAUUAGUUUUCUCACUGGGAGCAUUCGUUUGCGUUACCAGCAUCAUCCGAGCUACAACAGUAGCUUCUUCUUCCACCAUGAAUGAUUUAACCUGGACCGCGAUUCCCGCCACAAUUUGGAGCGUCGUUGAAUGCAACACGGGCAUAAUAUGCGCCUGUCUCCCCAUGAUCCGCCAGCCACUGUCCAUAAUCUUCCCUUUCCUCUCCUCCAACCCCUCCCGCACUCAUUCCACAGGCCGCAAUCUCUCUUUGCCUCAUAGCAUGUCUAUGAAUAAUCUCAGUCGCGUUAUGAAUCCAGCCACUUCCGCACGCAGCGACUUGAUCUGGAUGGAUAUGGAAAUCGAUAGUCAAAAAUCCGAGGCCAUGGAAACAGCGUCAUCAGCGAAACGCAAGCGAUUCCCUGUAAACGACAGCGAACAUGAUAUUCUAUCGAUUAAUUUGUUGGGGGAGCACAACGGGAACAUGACGUCAGCUUAA